AUGGAGAGCGCCGGGGCCCGCCGCGCCUCUGGAGGAAGCCGCGAUCCUGACGUUGUUUGCGAAAAGCACUUGUUUAAAGGCAAGCUGCCGGAGCCCUUCUUUCAGCUGGCGUGCAGGCACCACCGCUGUGCUUUCCCUGUGAGUUGCAAUGAGUUGUGCGUCUGGAACACAGCCACUGCUCAGCCAUUAUAUUUGUCAGGGCAUCAUUACUCAAUUUCUGCAUUGUCAUUUGGAAAUAAAAUCGAUCCGCUUCUUGUCUGCUCUGCCUCUCAUGAUCGCGUGAUAGUGUGGAAUCUUGAUGAAUGUACACAGAAAGUGCAAGAAGGGUUUACACCUCAAGGAAUUGUUAUUGGAACUCUUUUGGGAAUGGUGCUUCAUAUAAGAUUUAGUCCAGAUGAUCAACAAGUGGCAGUAUGUGCUGGAAAUCUGAUCUACGUGUUAAGUGCAAAGAAGGAAGCUAUAUUAGCUGAAUUGGAUGGACACCUGGCUCCAGUGACUGCUGCUGAGUUUUGCACAUGGGAGAAAAAUAUGCUUAUAUCAGUGUCAGAAGACAGGACCUUUAAGGUGUGGGAGUAUUCCACCAGCCAGUUAAUAUAUCAGUCAGGAAUAAUAACAGCAUUUCCUUUGCUAAGUCUGCUAAUUGAUGAAGAAAACAAACAGAUUAUCACUGGAUGUGCUGAGGGACAGCUUUGGAUCUUCAGUUUAAUCAGUGAUCAUAAUUACCGUUCCAUAGCACAUAUCGACUUAAAGAAAGAGCAAGAGAAAUUCUGUAAUAAAGUGUGGAAAUCUGGCAAAGAAAUAGGUGAAGGACAAAAUAAUUCCAGGCUUUUCAAAACAGACAGCAUGAGACCAGCAGGAUCAGUGGAAACAUCAUUGCCUAUCCUCUUAAUUGAGCACUGUGACUUUUUUGUUUGUUUCCAUAAUGAAGAAAACACAUAUUUUUCCCAGAAGACUAGCUAUUUUUGGAUAGGAACCUCUACUGGCUUGUUAAUAAUUAAUUUGGCAAACUUUGAAUUAGAAGCUUUUUUAUCUUACAGAGAUUACAGUGAUCUCAGCAUUCGGUUUGCCAGAUCAUGUGCAUUAACAAGGAAGGCAGCUAACGGAAAGGUUUUAUGCUUGAUCACCUCAAUGUUUGAAGAUAUGAUUGCUGUGUUGGAAGUUAACCUUGCUGCGUUGGUGAGAACUCAGCACAGUGAUUUUCUCCCAUGUGGAAAUGAGAAAAGUCUAUCAGUUAUUGCCAGGUGUGCUUUAUUGGCAAAUUCUCCAUUGUGUAAAGGUUUAAAGAAGAAUGUGAAAGAACCUUCUAGUAAAACACUUGGAGUUAAGAACACAGUGAAAGAUAAACCACUGGUUUUUCAUACUAAAAUUAAAUCAUCAGGAUAUACAGCAGCACCACGAAUGACCAUGUUUUCUCCAAAUACUAAUCUGAAAAAGCAAGAGGUAUCAAAGUGGAAGGCCAGUUGUAAAUGUAAAAAUAAGGAAUAUCCAUUGGAAAGCUGCCCUCCAAUCAAAUAUGAGAAAGAGACAUCUGUUACGUGUAAACCGACCCCAAUUUUCUGUGUUCAAUAUUCUGGAGAUGGAGAGCUGCUGGCUUGUGGCCAGGCUGACAAAACUGUGCUGGUAUUCAAUUCAAAUCUCACUCAUGUGCAUAAUGUUUUUUCAGGUCAUGAUGGUGCAGUUAACUCUGUUGGCUGGAGUCAUGACAGGAAGUGGUUAGCUUCUUCAUCAGAAGACAGAACUUUAAGGGUCUGGUCAGUCUCCAGUAAGGAACCUGCCCUAAUUCUGGGUAAAGAGAAGUUCCAUAAGACUGUACGCUUUGCACAGUUUUAUUUUAUGGAUACAUUUAUAUUGCUGUGUUGUGGAGCUGAAUUUCAUCUCUUAAGUUUCCAUCUAGACACAACCAAGGAUGACCUAAAACGGUACAAACAGAGGAGUGUUUGCAAAUUGGUACAGAAAUUUCCCAUGACUUCAACAAUGGAGAUUACCAGCCUUUCAGCAGUAAAUGAAUUCUAUUCUUAUAUUGUACUUACAGCUGGCAGCAACCGAGCAUUGGAAGUUUUUGACCUCAAUGCAGGCUGCAGCACAGCAGUGAUACAGGAAGCUCAUGUUAGAUCAGUCCAUCAGAUCUGCCAAAAUAAGGGAUCGUCCUUCAGCACUCAGCAACCUGAAGCUUACAACCUUUUCCUGACCACAGCUGCAGGUGACGGCAUCAAACUGUGGGAUUUAAGAACACUGAGGUGUGAACGUCGUUUUGAAGGGCACAGUAGCUGCUCCUAUCCAUGUGGAAUUGCAGUGUCUCCGUGUGGGCGCUUUAUAGCCAGUGGAUCAGAUGACAAAUAUGCUUACAUAUAUGAAAUGCAUUCAAGCACGUUUUUAAGUAAACUGGGGAGACACACAGAAUCUGUAAUCAAUGCCAGUUUCAAUCCCUCAUCUCCACAGUCCACAUCAUAA